AUGUCGGAAGCUCCACAGUUUGCCGGUAUGUCCGGCCGCCUACUGUCGCGCACAGUCACGGCCACGGCCACCAUGGGCUUCUUGCUCUUCGGCUAUGAUCAGGGGGUUAUGAGUAGUAUCAUCGACGCUGAUGCUUUCACGGAUGUUCUGCCGGAAUUGAAGGAUAAUUCGACCAUGCAGGGCACGGUAACUGCGUUAUACGAAGUUGGUUGUCUAUUCGGCGCAUUAUUUAUGCUUAUCUGGGGUGACUGGCUUGGUCGCCGCAAAGGUAUCAUCACGGGUGCUAUCAUCAUGAUACUCGGCGUUGUAAUUCAAGUCACCUCGUACGUAGGGCAUCAGCCUUUGGCCCAAUUCAUCAUCGGUCGUAUCAUCACCGGAGCAGGAAAUGGCAUGAACACCUCCACGAUCCCAACCUAUCAAGCCGAGUGCUCCCGGACUUCCAACCGUGGCCUUCUUAUUUGCAUCGAGGGCGGUACUAUUGCAUUUGGCACGUUGAUCGCCUAUUGGAUCGACUUUGGUGCCUCCUACGGCUCCCCAGAUCUAGUAUGGCGCUUCCCGAUUGCCUUUCAGUGUUUGUUCGGCAUAUUCAUUAUCAUCGGCAUGUCAAUUCUGCCUGAAUCACCACGUUGGCUCUUCACCCGAGAGCGCUACGAAGAGGGCGAGCGAGUAAUUGCAGCUCUGAUGGGAGAGCCUAUCAAUUCACCAGAGGUGAUUUUACAAAAGAACAUCAUCAUGGAUUCCAUUCGUGCUUCCGGUCAGAUCGGGAAAACCACACCCAUGUCCGCUGUCUUCACCGGUGGAAAGACUCAACACUUUCGUCGCAUGCUCCUCGGCGCCUCUUCCCAGUUUAUGCAGCAGAUUGGGGGAUGCAAUGCUGUUAUCUAUUACCUCCCCAUCCUCUUCAAGAAUUCCCUCAAAAUGGAGGGGAAAAUGCCGAGUAUCCUAGGUGGUGUAAACAUGGUCGUCUACGCGAUCUUCGCGACGGGCUCUUGGUUUCUCAUUGAGCGAGUUGGUCGUCGCAAGCUCUUCCUCUACGGUACGGUUGGACAGAUGCUUUCCAUGGUGCUGACCUUUGCUUGCUUGAUCCCCGGCCAGCCGGGCCCGGCCAAGGGUGCUGCAGUUGGCCUUUUCACCUAUAUUGCCAGCUUUGGUGCUACCUGGUUGCCAUUGCCAUGGCUCUAUCCUGCUGAAAUCUCACCAAUCAAAACUCGAGCGAAAGCCAACGCCCUCUCAACCUGCUCUAACUGGCUUUUCAAUUUCUUGAUUGUCAUGGUCACCCCUAUCAUGAUCUCAAGGAUUUCCUGGGGAACUUACUUAUUUUUCGCUGCGAUCAAUGCCUGUUUCUUGCCUGUGAUUUACUUCUUCUACCCAGAAACUGCACGCCGAUCGUUGGAGGAGAUCGAUCUGAUUUUUGCAAAGGGCUAUUUGGAGAAUCUGAGCUACGUGAAAGCCGCCCAGGAGCUCCCUUAUCUCACCGAUGAGGAUGUUGAACGAGUUGCCAUCCAGUACGGCUUUGGUACGAUGGACGAGAAGGUGGAUUUUAAAGCUAAUCACAUGAAUCAGGGCACCCCUGGGAAUUAUAGCAGCCAAGAUGAGAAGGUUAAAUAUACCCAGACCCAGUAG